AUGGCAGAUACCUCAUUUAGGGCAAAAGCUAAAGAAACAAUCCAAGAAAUCCAAAAAAAGAUCACAGAAUCGUUAGAAAUCAUCGAAGGCUCUCCAUUUGUUCAUGACAGCUGGGAGCGGCAUGACCACAAUGGUCAUGGCCAAGCCAACGUAAUACAAAAUGGAAGAGUCUUCGAAAAAGGUGGCAUAAACUUCACUGAAUUAGAAAUUCCUUUAUCACUGAACCUAGCGAAAUAUAUAUUAUCGUUAUUUGCAGAUUUUUGAGCUUUACCACCUAAGUGUGGAAUUUUUUCCGCGUGUGAAAAGGUGUUUUUCACGUGUGGAGCCCUUUUGAGUUCACAUGUGGAAUCCUCUAUUCACACGCGGAAAAAAUUCCACACUUAGGUGGUAAAGUUCAAAAAUCUGCAAAAAUAACGAUACAGAAAGAGGGAAAAAUAUUGAUUUAUCAAGGGUUGCUGAUUAUUUAAUAUAUGCAGCUAGUUGCAGCUUAGUUAUACACCCAAGAAACCCUCACUGUCCUACUGUCCAUGCUAAUUACAGAUACUUAGAAGUGACUUUAAAUGGUGAAGCACAAGUCUGGUGGUUUGCAGGAGGUUCUGAUUUAACUCCUUAUUAUUUACCCUCCUUCAAAAUAAAUAAGUUUUUUUCCCCUAAAACAAGGCUAUUUUAUUUUUAAAAAAUUCCUAUUUCAUAAGGGAAAUUAGAUGAAGCUGACUGUGUUUUAUUCCACACUGAGCAUAAAAAUGCCUGUGAUUUUGCCAGUCCUGACUUUUACCCACAAUUCAAAAUUGAAUGCGAUAAUUAUUUUAAUAUCGCCCAUCGUGGAUUUAGACGUGGAAUAGGCGGAAUUUUCUUUGAUGAUUUAGAUUGUCUCGAUAAAGAAACAUUGAGAGAGUUUGUAUCAAAAUGUGGUGAUGCUUUUGUAAGAAGUUACCCAGAAAUAGUAAAAAAGCAUAUGAAUGAGCCUUAUAAUAAGGACCAAAGAAGAUGGCAAAAAAUACGAAGAGGCCACUAUGUGGAGUUUAAUUUAGUUUAUGAUAGAGGGACAAAGUUUGGCUUGGUUACACCUGAUGCGAAUAUUGAAGCAAUACUGAUGCCUUGCCCAUUGUCUGCGAGAUGGGAAUACAAGCACACACUAGCUCCUGGGUCUGCUGAAGAGAGAUUGAUGAGUGUACUAAUCACUCCUAGAGACUGGAUAAUCUAA